AUGGCAUCCCUCCGCGUGCCCGUCUCUCCACCGACGACCUCGUCGCCGCUCCACCCUCUGCCGACCGUGAGCGCGCUCGAGUCGCUGCCGGAAGAGCUGCUCGACAUGAUUAUGAACGAGUUCUUGGACAAUGUUUUCGGGCUCGGCGACGAGAAACGGCCAGUUGCCAAGGCACGCCGAUUAGCAUCCCGCGCCGCACUGCGAAGCUUGUGUAUGGCAUCGAGGGUGCUCAACAAGCACGCACGGCCCUGGUUAUAUCGUCACGUCGUGGUGGCGGACGGCCGUGAUAUGGCCCUCUUGCUCGGCACCCUCCUCGACAACCCGCGACUGGGCCUGUCGGUGCGGGGAUUCGCGUGCCUUGCCGACGCGAAUGCUGCAUGCACGUCUGGCUUCCCGUUGCGGACAAACAGCGCCGGCGGCCUCGACUUCCGCCACUACCAGCCUUUGGCAGCUCUCGCCGACGUGAUCGAGGCCGAGUACAAGCGCCUCCACUUGGAAGAAGAAAGGAUUCCCUAUCUCCUCCUGAUGGACACGCUCAUUGCCCUGCUCUGGCUGAUGCCAGCCGCUGAGCGAGUCUGCUUCCCACUUCCGGCCGAACGGCGCCUGUUCCACCAGUCGCGCGCGGGUGCAGUUCUGCUGUCGCUCUUCUAUAGCGACCGGCAGGUACCGCUCUUGCAGCACGUCACCGACGCCCAGCUUUGGCCUCAUGGGCGUGCGCCUCACGAUUACUUGGACUUGGGCCAAUGCGGUCCAGUCUUGGGGGCGCUACCCAGACUAGAGAGACUCGAGCUGACUGACGACGAUGGCGACUUUGGGGAAUUUCCGGCUGCAGGCUCUCGUGUCGUGUACUCAGGGCCCAUCAGACACCUCAUUUUGCAUCAGAGCUCCUGCACGCCAUGCGACGUGUCCGACAUCUGCGUUCGCCUCCCCGAACUGCAAACCCUGUCCGUCACGACGGACGCAGACGCUGCCACGUUCUCGUUGUAUCCAGUGUGGGAUGCCAAUCACGGCCCAGGAGGGCUGCGGACCCCCAGCAAUUGUCUUAACAACGGCCUCCCUCACCUCAAGGACACACUGACCAACUUGCAUCUCCAGCUCGACUACAACUCACCUGUCGCUCCUCUGAUUGGGCCGGCAGGGAAGCUCACAUGCUUGCCUGCCUUGCCUGCACUCCGUGUGCUUUCCAUCGGCGUACUCCAGCUAUACACGUGGGAGGAGAUGAUGACGCUCGAUUCGCAUCGUAGCAGACUUGCCAACGUCUUGCCAGCAUCGCUCACAAGAUUUAGACUGCACAUUGACAACUCCCUCCAAAACAGCCGCCAGAAGUCAUGGUACGGUGUUCUCGUACAGAUAUUGGACGGCUUGGUGAGGGACGUGAAAGGUGGGCUGCCGCACCUGGGAACAAUUGUCGUGCAGAUUUCGUGUCCAUUCCACGAGUUAUACUACGACGAGUUUGCCGGGCUGAUCACGGCCUUUUCUCAAGAGGGAGUGCGGUUUCGUUGCGAAACCGAAUAA